UUAGUAAGCAUUUUUGUUCAUCCAGCAUGAAAGUUUCAUUGUUUCUUUGUUUCAGCGAAAGAUAGGGUUGAAUGUAAAAAUCAUGCAGGAUCCUGAAAACAUCCACCACAGAGCUGCUGUAAAUGCGAACUAUGGAAUCAAUUUGCCAUAUAUUAAUCAGAGAAAAGCAUGUGUAAAGGUUCAGAAGUUAAUCAAAGGGUCUACCAUAUCCAACCUCACGGUUCUGCCAUCUUCUCGUCGCACAGAUCCCUAUUUCACUCCUAUACAGGUCUUACAAGCAGAUGCCAACAGAGGGAUUUUAAGUCUGAUAGAACGAAGGCUGAUUCCACCAACAGCAAGGAUUACCUUUCAGAAUCCACCCAUCAUACCCAGAGCAGCUCCUCUGCAUUAUUUGAAUGAAGCACGUAAGAUUCCAACUGCAGUCUCUUUCACCAUACCUCAGGAACCACCGCCGUCUCCAGCAGAAAUGAAGUUCUUUCCCAAGAAACAGAGUUCAAAGGGGAAAAGCAGAAGGUCAAGAGGACAUCAUGAUAGGAAGGCCAUGAAAGUCACAACACCUUCAAGUAUCCUGAAAUCACCGUGGGAUUAUGACUUUUUAAUUUAUGAUGGUGUCAUAGACAGUACAGCCCCAGACUUCUUAGCAUUCAAGGAACAUUUUAACUUAGCUUGGGGAGGUAUUUUUUCUCUCUUGGAACAUGUCACGAAGUUUCUCAGGAACUAUGCAAUACCAGAAGUCAAAAUUAAAGGGAAUCAUUUGGUAGCCCUCCUUCCAGAGUUUGAGCUGAAGAAUAAACUUACCAGAUAUGACUUUCUCUCAGUGUUAGAGGACCCAGCUCAUGUUCAAAUGCUGAUGAAUCUUCCAGGCCAAAGGUACAGGGGCCAAGAUGGAGAGACAGAGGCUGCCAUAAAGAUCCAAGCCACAUGGAAAUGCUACAAAGCAAGAAAAUUCUUCCUCAUUCAUCGCCAGCAGAAGUGGGCAUCAGGUGUGAUUGCCAUUGCUUGGCUGUUGCAUUGCCAUAAGACUCGACUAAAGAAGAUACUGAAGGAAUCACGUCAGAGACACCUGGAGAAUUUCCGCAUUCGAGCCAAGCAUCUGGCAGCCAACUGGAAUCGCAUCAGGACCUCCAGGAGGACUAUUAUCCAUAUCCCGUCAUUAGGGUAUUCCCAGCCUGUGAGAGAACGUAUUGCUGAUUUCAACAUACAGCAGAACAUGCAGCUGGGGAGGCUGUGUGACAUCUUAGAUGCCAAUGUGAAUGUCAUCUACAUCUGCUCCCAUCAUAUGAAUGACGAGCUAGUGCAGUAUUACAAAAAAAUCCUAAGUCUACACGCAGCCGUCAAAUCGGGGAACCUUGAGGACAGAAGUGACCUGCAGAACAGGUUCAAAAUUAUCACCCCUGAAGCUGUAAACAUCUUCCCUAUGAUAGAGCAGCUGAGUCAGCUGAUAACUGAUCACCUACAAAUACAGCGCUGGCUCUUCAAAAUGGACUAUGAGUUCCGAGGAAAUGGGACUGCAUUUUGUGACAUUCCUUCCUACCUAAAGUGCUACAAAUGGGUGCUAAAGGAGAGUAGCAGAUAUGGCCUUGAAGACUGGAGAAAGAAAUGGGCACAAGAGCCAGCUUUGGUGAAGAUCUCCGAGGAGCUGGCGGGCAUUUUAGCACAGCACGCACAGCCAGUCAAUGAGAAACGGUUCCCGACGUGGAGGAAAUUCCUCCAAACAUUUCUCAGUCAAGGAGGUGUGAUCGAAGCAUUCCCACCUACAGAUAGUGUCACCAACCUGACAGUGGACAUGUUGAUAGAGCCCAAUGGGAAAAUCAGCGUGCUGUCAACAGGGGACCAGCUUCAUGCCGAAAGCCCCUUCAUCUCCUCUGGUACCACCAUGCCUCAGACCUCAGUGGAUCCCCAAGUUCUCAUGUAUUUGUGCCUCCAAAUUGGAAAGGCCUGCAAAAUGAAGGAUGUGGUUGGCUACUUUUCUAUAGAUCUGGUGACUUUUAUUGAUCCAAGCACCUUGCAACAGCAGGUGUGGGCAACGGGCCUUAACCUCGCCUAUAGUGACCAGCUGGCCCUGACUCAGCUCACCUUAUACCUGACAAACGGCCAUCUGGACUGCAGUUUGAACACCCUUGAAGUGCCCCGCUUCAUUCCAAAGGAAAAGAAGAAAAGCAACCGCAUUAGUGGGCUGUCAGUGCCGACGCUGGCAACCAGUCGCUAUGCAGUGAUGACUACCCAGCUAAGACACAGCAAUCUCUCACUGGUUUUCCACUACGUUUUUCUCCAGAUCUGUAGAGCCCAUGGCAUUGGCUAUGAUCUUGAGGACAGGCAAGGAACUGUUUUUAUAUUAUAUGAACACCUGAAGAGAGACAAGUUGGGAAUGUUAACAAUCGGCGAGGAUCUCCAGGGGGUCCUCAUGACCUUUGCUCGCAAUCUCUUCAUCAUCCAUCAAGAAAUAUCAGCACCUAAUAUGCAAGGCGAGACCAAUUUUAAGACCACCAUUGCUGAUAUUGAAACUAUUCUAGGGGUAACAAAGGAAAACAAAAUGAGGUUUGAAGAGGAACAACAGUCCAAAGACAAUAAAAACCUCUCUAAGCCGAAGAGAUGGUCCUGGAAUACAGUACAUAACCUUUUGGAUCCUAGUCUGAAAUAAACAGGGCAAUAUUUCUUUUGCUGUUAGAAAUCAAAGCCAGGGGAAAUUGGCUUGCUUUGUGUGCUAGGAGGUGAGUCAGAACAGAUUUUAAUGAAAUGCUCUUCUUAAAAAAUUGUUUAUUAAGUGAUCUUAUUUUACUUAUUGAACCAAAACUUAUUUAUGUUUUUACUUGAGAGUGUUGAACAAUCCCUUCUUCUUCUCAAAUUCAGGAAAAAGUAAUCUGAUAAAAGAAGAAAGUUAAGUCUUCCUGAUAUCCACUCUACAUGUGCUUCCUCAUAGGCUUCAGGAUUAUGCAGCUUUUAUUUUUUAUGUUUUAGAAAGUUUUCUCCUAUUUCUAAUAGUCAUUGAUCUUCUGCAUUUAUAGAGUUGAACAAAGGCUUACUCGCUGUUAUUUGUCAAAACACAAAUGCCUUUUUUUCAAAACUUCAAAUUUAUAUUGAAAUUAUAUUUAUAUGAAUUUUUAAGUGACUCUUUAUCAUUCAUCCUGCUUUUUUGUUAUACCAAACCCCUAUUGUCUGCUAUUGCUAUUUUUCAAAAAGUAGGAGAAGCCAACAUCUAGUUAACCAAAGCAUCAGAAUGUAUCUAGGUGGCAGCAUCUGCUCUUAGUUUAAGAUGGAGUGUAACUGGAGCCCUGUAGCUUGAAUAACAUUUGUAUUCUCUAGUUCUCCAUUUAAUACAGCAGUGGGUUUUUUUUUCAACCUUAGUUCAACAGUACAAUACCUUUAAAAAGUCAGAUUGUUAAGAUUAUGUAGUGCUGACACCAACUUUCAGCAUUGACUUCAUAAUUGUCCAAAAAUAUUUCUACAUCCGCUAGCUUUACUGAAGGGCGAAAUAAGCAAG